UGAAGACAUACGUCACCUUGCAGCAGCCAAUGGGACGCCGGAGGUUUUUUCUAAUGAUCAGAUUGUAGUGUUGGAGUUUAAACUUUGUCCCCGCAAUGAGAUCAGACAGAGAGGAAGGUAGGAACAAAACUGGCUGAAAGAUCUUCUUACAUCUCUGUAUAUUUGUUUAUUUUUUUGUUGAACUUUUGAUACACAUUGAUCCUCUGUGGUUUUAACGACGAAACCAUGGCAAAGGAGUUUCACUCUGAACAGGCGUGUGACGGGAUAGAGCUGCUGGAUCUGCUUUUUGAUAAGAAUGAUGGCAUCCUGUCUCACGAAAACAUGGCUCACCAUGACGACCAGCCUUGGCUGAUUCAAGAGCCUAAUAUGCUGAUGAAAGCUCAGGGUACUGAAGACUUCUUUAACACCCUGUUAACCGGGAUGGACUCAGUGUCCGGCUCUCCGCCAUGGCCGCCGUCUCCGUCUGACAGCGGAAUUAGUGAGGACCCACAUUCGGACCGGUAUGACAGUCCUCCACCUCUUGGGAGUCCUCCCCUGGAUUCAUACUUUGUACCUUAUCCUUCUGCUCCGAACACAACUGUGGUUAUCCAUCCUGAUGGCUGGGGUUCUGGGAUUUUACCGGAAAAGGUUGCCGAGAUGCAGCUUGCACGCGACGUGCCUCCUGCUCAACUGGCCACCUCCUUCACUCUCAGCAUCAAGGAUCUGCUCCUGUCCGGUGCUCCAGAGCCUCCUCCACCGCCUUCACAGCAAUCUUGCCAGGAGCUGGUUCUCAACGAGGACGAGAAGAAGCUACUGUUCAAAGAGGGAGUAUCUUUGCCCAGUCAGCUUCCUCUUACCAAGUUUGAGGAGCGGAUCCUGAAGAAAAUCCGCCGGAAGAUCCGUAAUAAGCAGUCCGCCCAAGAGAGCAGGAAGAAGAAGAAGGAAUACAUAGACGGACUGGAAAGCAGGAUGGCAGCUUGCACUGUGGAGAACCAGGAGCUGCAUCGAAAAGUCUUCCAGCUGGAAAAAUGUAACAUGUCCCUGAUGGCGCAGCUUCGCCGGCUGCAGGCUCUGGUCAUGAACGGAUCUAACAAACCGGCUCAGGCCGGAACCUGUGUGCUGGUGCUGCUGCUGUCGUUCACCUUGAUUCUUCUACCCAGCCUGAAGCCCUUCACCGAGACCAAAAUCAGCCAGCCUGGAGACUACAGCCAACUUAGACUCCAGUCACGGUCACUGCACAGUCUGCAGUCCUCUCGGGUGAUGCAUGCUCUCGAGCGCCCUUACAUGGGGGCAGAGGAUUCCAAGUCUGCUCCGGGUUUUCCUGACGAUGAAGCCAUGGAGGAGAUAACAUCUCUAAUGGAGAAACUUCAUCAAGGCCCAGGAUUGGCUGAUUAUGACCUUGAAACUCACAACACAAGCCUAGAUCAGCAUGAUGACCAGCAUUACCAUGCUGACCCCAUUACCGGGCGUGUCGCAGCAGUGACCUUGAGCUCAGGGCGUGACCCGAGGCUCCAGCCACACGCCGACGACAUGUGAGGGAUUUAAUGUUGGAUUUCUCCAACAUUCUUUUACAAUGAUUUUUCUCUAUUUUUUUUUUUUUAUUUUUUUUACAAAAUAAGUCAACAUACUUUUUCUGCAUUUUAUCCUCUGAAACUAAUAAGUGGCAGAUAAAAUGUUAGAAGAUUAAACAUGUUCCUCAAGAUCUUACUACGCCGGAUUCCAUCCGCACUGGGAUACGAAGAAAAGGGAAGUAGAUUUGCUUCUUUAAGCUUUUUUUAAACAAAUGAUUUGCUUCUACGUGAAACACAUUUUUGCUAAACAAAUAACUCCAUGUCAUAGUUUUAGACGUUUGCUUGUAGAUCUAUUUAUCUAUAUAUCUACACUGUAUGGAGAAAAGUUUGUGGACACCAAAAAAUUGUGCUUUAUUUAGUCUCCAUUUACUGUUUUAAUAACCUUCACUUUUCUGGGUAGAUGUUUCAGAAUUUGAUUCGAUUUUGGAGUGUGCUCAUGGAAAUUUGUGGACCCUGUUCAAAAGGGUUGGAACUCUAUAUCAGGAGAUCUUCCACUCCAACCCAUGGAAAGAAAAUCUUCAUGAAAUUGGCUUUUGCAUUUGUCCUGCUGGGGCAGAUUUGAGUCUCCUAGUUCAAGUGAAUGGAAGAUUGAAUGCAACCGCGUUAAGAAACACAUAAAUCGGGUGUCCCAAUACUUUUGUCCAAAGCUUCUACUGAUCUUUAGUGCAUUGUGAAAGCUAUGAUGAUACCUGUAUUAUAAGCACUUUAUGCAGCUUACUUGAUGUUCUGUUUAAUAAAAAUUCUUGUAAACUUGU